CGAGUACUAUAUAAAAAGGACAAAGCGGCGUCAGUGCUUUCUUAAGCUUUCGUUCACAGAGCACUAUAUCCAGACAAACACGAAACAUAAAAGAUUAUUAAUCCCUUACAACAUUGAAAACAGCAAUUCCUAUGUCAUCAUGAACAAUUCAAGUCUGCACGAAGCCAUUAUCUCCUCGUUUCUUACGAACCAGCGCCCUCCGACUAUCAGCGAGAUCGCCACCCGUUUCCAAUGCAGUGAAUUGACGGCGCGGCAGGGACUGCAAGCGUUGGCAGAAUACCACGGCGUUGUGCUCCACCCACAUUCUGACGAGGUCUGGGUUGCUCACCCGUUCUCAGCAGCACCUACAACCUGUAUUGUUUCCUCGGGCGAGCGCAAAUGGUGGGGCAACUGCGCUUGGUGCUCGCUCGGGGUGAUGCAGCUCAUUGGCUGCACCGCUACCCUCACGACGAGACUUGGUGCUAUUGGGGACGAAGUAUCUAUCACUACCAAGAAUGGAGAGCUAUUAGACAAAGAUUAUGUUAUACACUUUCCAAUCCCAAUGCGUAACGCCUGGGACAACGUUAUAUACACGUGCUCGGUCAUGUUACUGUUCCGCAACGAAGCGGAGGUGGACGAAUGGUGUUCCACUAGGGGCAUACCUAAAGGGGAUGUGCGGCCAAUUGAGCAAAUCUGGAAAUUUGCUACUGAAUGGUACGGACGCCAUGCCGAUGCGGACUGGACGAAGUGGUCAUCGCGCGACGCGGUGGAGAUGUUUCGCCGUCAUAACCUAACGGGUCCAAUUUGGGCGAUAGGGGACGACGCAGAGCGCUUUUGAGCGCCAUAUCAUAAUGAGGACAGUAUGCUGCCUUCAUAACGUAACUAUUGCUCAUGAAAAUCAUGCGUCUCCUGCCCUGCCAUGUAUUUGUUCGCGCGGUCGAGGGAUCUUUGAUGAUGACCGUAAAUACUGUAAUCCGCCCUUCACCGGGUCUUGAAGCCAUAGUUGUGGAACGUUCGCCCUUCCUUCUACACACCCGUCCGGCCAAUUAUGUUUCGAUCCAAGGGCUGAGUGUGCCGAUGGAGGUACAUGGGAUGAACAACUUCCAGAUUGUGUCCACUACCAGAUCGAGUGGGAGGGCUAAAUCAAAUAAUCGAGGUAUGGUGAAGGACACAGAGCAAGAUUUGACUCUCCUCAUGCUUAGGACCUUAUCUAGAAUAUUCUGCAAGAUACUAAACAAGCACACAGUAUUUCUACAUCGACUUAUUUGACGAUAUAAUUCAGUACAAU